AGCCGGAUGGCUACCUACGCUGAGUCCCACAUCCAGCCCGUCUACCAGCCCUACCUCACCACCUGCCAGGACCACCGCCUCUGCAGCACCUACAGGACCAUCUACAGGGUUGCCUACCGGCAAGCGUCCAGGCAGCUGCCCCAGCCCGCGGCCUCGUGCUGUCCUGGCUGGAGCAGAGUGAACAGCCACGCGCUCAGCUGCAACAGAGCUCUCUGCUGGGUGCCAUGUCAGAACGGUGGGAGCUGCCCCUUCCCCGGGAAAUGUGCCUGCCUGCCUGGCUGGAUGGGGCAAGCCUGCCAGACAGAUGUGGAUGAGUGUGCUGGUCGGAGCCAUGGCUGCAGUCAGAUCUGCAUCAACACAGCCGGGAGCUACCGCUGUGCCUGCUGGGACGGCUUCAGCCUCGCUGCUGAUAACAAGGCCUGCCAGCCCCUGGUGCCAGCCCCAGAGCCAGGGACCUUCAGCCAAACAGGUCCCCCCAGUGAAAUGAAGGAAGAAAUGAAAGACCUGAAGAGCAGAGUGGAGGCGCUGGAGCAGAAACUCCAGUUGGUGCUGGCCCCCUUCCACAACCUCAUGCCAUCUGCACCGGAGGACGUCGGCACAGACCCCAUCAGCCGGCUGUCCCACUCCCUUCAGCAACUGGACAGGAUUGACUCCCUGAGCGAGCAGAUCUCCUUCCUUGAGGAGCGGCUGGAGACAUGUUCCUGCAAGAAUGAACUCUAGCCAAGCGCCCAAGGAAUUGGAGCAAGCAGAGUACACCCAUAGCUCUUAUCUCACUCUCCAGCCCCAGGCUGAGGAUGAAGCCACAUCAUCUACGGGACAGCACAGGGUAGCAGGAGAAGGCUGGUUUCCCAUCAGUGUCUCCUUCAUUUUCUCUUCCAACUCACCUUAUCAAAGGUCACACAGUUACUUCCAAACUGGACUCCAAGCCCUCAGCAUCUCACCCUCUUCCUGCUGGAGAGGCAGAAAAUAAAUGUCUUACCUCGUGCCGUUAGUGCCUGUCUGGCUGUGCUGGAGAGACCGGCU